AUGCCCGGUGCCCUCCAAGUUCCGUCUACCCAGCUCGAGCCCUUCGACAGACUAAGAGAUCCAUUAGAUCACCUCAAUACAUUCAAGACAACUUUGGGUCUCCAACAACCCCCUGACGAGAUUCUGUGCCGCUUUUUCCCCACUACCCUCAAAGGGGCAGCCAGAGAAUGGUUCACCAAAUUACCAAUGUCAUCUAUUGACAACUUCGAGCAGCUAAGCAGCUCUUUCCUUCGUCAUUUUGUCGGCGGGCAACAUCCAAAAAGUCUAGUUGACCAUUUGCUCACCAUUAAGCAAAGAGAAAAGGAAACCUUAAGGUCCUAUGUAACAUGUUUCACUCGAGGAAUUUGGAGGUGGACGAAGCACGAUAAGGUACAACUUACGACCUUUAAGGCUGGAUUAAAGUCCAGGGAAUUUGUGGUCUCCUUGGCAAAAAAUCCCCCAAUGACGAUGGCAGAGAUGCUUUUAAAGGCACAGAAGUACAUGAAUGCUGAGGAUGCCCUGGCAGCCAUAGAGGGAGUAGAGAAACCUAAGGAGAAGAAGAAAGAAAAAGAAGAUGACCAAAGAGGACGAAAAAGGGAUCGAGCGGACCAGCAGAAUGUUGAAGGAAAUAGAUGA